AUGGGUGCCUCAGGCUCCUGGGCGCUGACCCUCCUCGGCUUCUCCGCGUCCCAGGUCCCCGCGCGGCCGCGGCACAUCUGGCUCGGUGUCGCCGCGCUGGGACUGGCCGCGGUGGGGCUGGGGACUGUGGCCUGGCGGCGCGCUCGUCCUCGGCGGCGGCGGCGCGGUCUGCUGCAACAGGUGGGGACGGUGGCACAGCUCUGGAUCUACCCGAUUAAGUCCUGCAAGGGAGUGUCGGUGAGCGAGGCGGAGUGCACUGCCAUGGGGCUGCGCUGCGGCCACCUGCGCGACAGGUUUUGGCUUGUGAUCGAUGAAGAGGGGAAGAUGGUCUCUGCCCGGCAGGAGCCUCGAUUGGUCCUGAUCUCGAUGACCUGCAAUGAUAGCACCCUGAUGCUCAGUGCAGCCUACACAAAAGACCUGCUGCUGCCCGUCACCCCGCCUCCCACAAACCCAGUGCUCCAGUGCAGAGUAAAAAGUCUGGAGGUGCAGGGCCGGGACUGUGGAGAGGCUGCGGCCACCUGGAUCAGUAGCUUCCUGAAGAUGCCCUGUCGCCUGGUGCACUUUGAGCCCAGCAUGCGUCCCAGAAGUUCUCAGCAAGUGAUCGGUUUGUUCGGGCCCAAGGACAAGGUGGCCUACUCAGAUGCAAGUCCAUUCUUGGUCCUUUCUGAGGCAUCGUUGGAAGAUCUCAACUCCAGGAUGGAGAAGAGGGUGAAAGUAUCAAACUUCAGGCCCAACAUAGUCAUUUCAGGAUGCGGUGUUUAUGCAGAGGAUUCUUGGAAUGAGCUUCUCAUCGGGGAUGUGGAACUGAAACGGGUGAUAGCUUGCGCCCGGUGCCGUUUAACCAUGGUGGAUCCAGAUACUGGCGUCAUGGACAGUAAGGAGCCUCUGGAAACACUGAAGAGUUACCGCCUGGGUGACCUUAUGGAACAAACAUUAUAUGGAAAGUUACCCCUCUUUGGACAAUAUUUUGUUCUGAAAAAUCCAGGGACAGUCAAAGUGGGAGACCCUGUGUACCUUCUGAGUCAAUGAUGGGAACUGUAUGUUCUAGAAGAGCAGAUGUCUCUUAAAAACGUAUUUUUAAAACUGACAUCACUUGAAAUGGUUACUCGGAUCUGUGAUUUCCAAGUUCUUCUUUCAGAUUUUCUUUUGUUUCACUAUUUCCUGAGUCCAGCACAUAAAGCAGAGAAAUACAGAUUUGCAAAUUUAGCAGGUCCCAUUAACUUUCUUGAAGAAUGAAGGGAUUAUCAAGAUGCCUUGUUUAUAAUUAUGAAGAAAUCCUCCUACUUCUGCACCCCUCGCCAAGACAGCAGAUGUCCAUCAUCUCCCUCCCCUUCUUUCGGGAAAGAGAAGAAAAAAGAAGGAAGGCCGUGUAAGCCAGAAGAAUGCUUUGCUACUCCUGAAUAUGGUGCAGACAAUGGAAAUUAAAUAUUUCUCCCAAGUAAAGUUGGAAUGGCGACAUUUCACUUUUCCCCUCAAACCCAGGGCUAGCCUUGAAGAGGGCUGAAAGAGUAAAUGCUGAAGAUAUUAAUGUUCCACAGAUUCUCCUGGAUCUGAUGCUGCUGCUUCCUAAACAAUGUCUGUGAAGAUUUAAUGGAUCCUUUAACUCAUGGAACAGCUCUGCAACGUCAGGGUGCAAAGCUAGAUCCAGACUGGGUCUCAGCUCUGUGAAAAGCAAAGUGACUCCGCUCUUGAGGCACAGUGUCAGUGCACC